AUGACUAAAUCAUUUCAAACUAUUAUCAAUAUGUUACCUAAUUUAAUGCAAGGACUGUCAAAACAUUAUUAUAAAGAUGAACAUUUUGUUCCAUUAAUGGAAAAAAUUGCUAAUGAAAUUAUCAAUCGUGUACGACAAACAAUUGAUAUAAGAACUUUACUUUCAUCAUAUACAUUAAAUGAAGCUAAAAAUAUUUGCUAUCAAGCAAAACAAUUAUUACUUCAAUGGAAAAUCGAAUAUCAAAAUACUCAAAGCAAACUUGAAAAUGAUAAACAAUUUAAAUAUCGUUCAUCUGAAACUACACUUGAUAUGCUUAUGAAAUUUCAACAAAUUGAGACAACUCAUAUUUUAGCAUAUGAAAUGAUUCAACAAUUUACUGCUAUUCUUUUACAAUAUUGUAAAGAAAUUGAUGGAAUUUAUGAUCCUUUUAUGAAAUAUAAAGAUAAUCCACCUAUAUUUAAAAAAAAAAUUGAAAUAAAAUAUUUAAUAUAUUAUGAUCCUAAUUUAAAAGAAUCAUUAAUUGCAUGUUAUUAUUCAGAAAAACUUGGAUUUAAUUUACCUGAAUCAAUUAUACAAAUAAAAUUACAAUAUUCUAAAUAUGAACAAUUAUCAAAUGAACUUCGUUUAAUGCUUGAAGAUUAUCAUUUAACAAUAGCAUCAUUUGAUACUAUUGAACUAUCAUUUCUUCAAUCUUAUAUUGAUCAUAUUCAAAUAAUUAUUAAACCAGGAACAUCAAGAAUAUCAUUUGGUAAAAUUGAUAAUUUUGAUUAUAUCAAUGAAUGUAAAAAAACAAUUAGACAAAUUUCAUUAGAUAUUCAUGAACAUCUUGAAACUUUUCGUUUUUGUAUUAUUGAUCCAAUUGUUUCACGGCAUAAUGAUGGUAUUACUCAUGGAAUAAGUCAAUUACCUAAACAUUUCGUACGGUGGUUACGUGGUACAUGUAUAUCAUGUCCCGUAAUACCAGUACUUGAUGAAAAUCUUGAAUCACCUGAUUUUACUUUUUAUAAUGAUGUUAAACAACAUCUGGAUGUCAGAUCUUUGAGAAAGAUUCAAAUGAGAAUAUGUUGGACAUGCGUCAUGAUUUACAAACAUUCAGUAGACUCAGAAGAUCGAUCUGAAUUUUCAGUUGUGAAGACAAUGUCAAAACAUUAUAAUAAAGAUGAACGUUUUGUUCCAUUCAUGGAAAAAAUUGCCAAUGAAAUUGUCAAUCGUGUACGACAAACAAUUAAUAUUAGAACUUUACUUUCAUCAAACACAUUAAGUGAAGCUAAAAAUAUUUGUUAUCAAGCAAAACAAUUAUUACUUCAAUGGAAAAUCGAAUAUCAAAAUACUCGAAGUAAACUUGAAAAUGAUAAACGUAAUUUUUCAACAUGA